GUUUGCAGUGUGAAAGUUCACAGGCCAUGCAAUGGUCGUGCUGUGUUUUUAGCGAGCUAUGGCUGCCUUGAGUUGGUUUACGUGCAGACAGCUGCCGCGGAUUGCAUCUCAGUUCGCCCGGGUUGUGAAACACGUCAGGCCGCAGUACCUAGGGGUACUGCCGGUGAGAAGAGUCCACGGGUCGUCGUGGAAAUGGGUGGCAGAGAAGGGGCCAUGGGGCAAGGCUCGGAUGCCAGAGUAUCAUCAGAUGACAGAACUCGAUAAGGCGGAUGCCUUGGUAAGUUGAAAGUGAAAGUAAAUAGGUACGACUUGAUUCUCCUUUUUGCGUUUCCAUAUAGCAUGCAUAUACACCUGUAUUACAGAUAUUAUCUGUGUGUGCUGACAUGAACCGUCUUUCUAAAUCACUGCUGUUUUGUUUUUUGCUCUGCAGAUGCUGAGAAAGUCCCACGAAACUGGUAACUGUACAUUUAGAUUAGGAAGAGGUUCAAAGACAUAGGCUAUUUAUUUAAUUACUCUGCUAUGCAUUUAGUUAUUAUUCCUGUUGGCACAGUUAGACCAGUUAGUGUAGUGUAAGAAGUGAAAGAAGAUCUGCAUGCAUCUGUAGGCUAUAUCUGAAUCCAGGAACUUGAGCAAUAUGGGAGAAGCUUCUGACUGCAAACAUUGACAGGGUUAGAGGAAGGGAUGAGGGGUGUUUUCAGACUGGGCUGUAAGCUCCGUGUUUUUCUGUUCCAGGGUUCCUGUCUUGGUUCCGGAACGGACUCCUGGCCACCGGGAUCGGGGUCAUCGCUUUCGUCCAGAGUGACGUGGGACGAGAGGCAGGAUAUGGUUAGGAAGGCCAGGGGCAGGGCUCAAUUCUAUUGGGGAAAAGCAUAAUUAUCAGAACAGACCUUAAGUUUGCUGAAACAAACCCAUUAUAAAUAUACUACUUUAGGUCAUCAGUCUUUCCGCCUCUCACUCUCGCUCUCUCCCCCAGCUUUCUUCAUCCUGGGUGGUGUGUGUGUAUCGUUCGGCGGGGCGUCCUACGUGGGCAGCCUGUUUUCCCUGAGGAGGAUGAUGUUUCUCUCCCUGCCAGCCGUGCUGCUGAAUGUUGCUGUGGUGAGCAGCAUCGCCCUCUUCUGGCUGUGUGCGGUAUCGCUCUACACCGGACGCCUGGAGGUGGAGAUUAUACAUGAGGAGGACGAGGACGAUGACGGAGGGGAGUGUCCAGACUGUCGGGACCGCGGCAACCACUCCCAUGGCGACAGGCACCACGGCAACAACAAAGGCCAAGACAAGUAGAGUGUGAGUGGCAAAGGUGAAGAGGUGUUUGUUUGUGAGUGAGACAGAGAGGGAGAGGACUGAGAGGGAGUGUGUAUGACACUCAAAGACACGUGGGAAUAAAGGCGAUCAGUGAAAGACAUGAUUUGUGGUAGAGUGUCUGCUAAAUGACUUAAAUGUAAAAUGUAAAUGUGGUGGUUGUUUGGUUCUGUCCUCUGUCAUAGUAGUUUGUGUGGGUGGGUGAUUGUGUGAAAUUGCUGUGAUAGAGUUCAUAAUAUCAAUGUUAGAUUUUUUAAUUUAGUUGUAUUUUGUGCACACACACACACACUCAGUGAGAGUGAGUCCUUUGAGUAUAUUUACUCCU